GCUUCUGUGUGCGGAGCGGGACACUUGCUGUGGAGAGAAGAGCAAGAGGACGAAGAGAAAGUGGACUUCAGACUUCGAACAAACAAAACAGAUCACUUUCACUCGACCCCACAACAACCCGCAACAUGUCUUCAAAAUGCCCCAAGUGUGACAAGACGGUGUACUUCGCUGAAAAGGUGUCAUCUCUGGGGAAGGACUGGCACAAGUUGUGUCUCAAGUGUGACCGCUGCAACAAGCUCCUGAACGCUGGAGGCCACGCUGAGCACGAUGGAAGGCCCUACUGCCACAAACCAUGCUAUGCUGCCCUCUUUGGGCCAAAAGGAGUGAACAUUGGAGGAGCCGGCUCUUAUGUGUACGAUACUCCAGCCAACAACAACCCGUCUCCAACUAGUGUGGAUUCAUCUUCCAAAACUGAGGAGAAGCGAGUAUUCGCACCCAAGGCAGCAUCAAAAGCAGCUGGCAGCAUCACCACUUUUUCUGGAGAGGCCAACCUGUGUCCCAGAUGCAGCAAGAAGGUGUAUUUUGCUGAGAAGGUGACAUCACUGGGCAAGGACUGGCAUCGACCCUGCCUCCGCUGUGAGAGGUGCAGCAAGACUCUGGCUCCUGGGAGCCACGCAGAGCAUGAUGGCCAGCCCUACUGCCACAAACCGUGCUAUGCUGUUCUCUUCGGGCCCAAAGGCGUGAACACUGGCGGUGUGGGCAGCUACAUCUAUGACAAGGAGCCCAGUGCAGUGGCUGAGCCUUGAACCUUUGUCCCCUCAGCCUCAUCCCUCUUCUCUACACAACACUGACCGUCAACCACAGUAUUAUUUGUAGCCUUUUUCUCCUCCCCACCUGUGCGUUCAUACCUGAGACAACCAGCCUUCUGCUCCAGAUCCUUUUCUCCUUCAUUCUGACCCACUCCUGGCAGAUUUAGCACCAUGAGGAAUGAUUUCAAAUUGCCUAGACAUGUGUUAUAUGUAUUUGCUCCAGGAGAGCCCUCGGCACAACCACAUCCAGCAUUCCCACAUGAUGUCUGUAGGUUAUUACACACUAUUCAAAUCGUUACAGCUAUUUUGUUUACACAAUUAUAAAUGUAAGUGGAUACAUUAAAUGUCAACACAGAAAGAAUAUGAAGGUGUUCUAUUUCAAUUUUGUACCCUGACAAUGGUGUGAUUGAGGAAGAGAUGACAUAUGUUUUAAAAAAAAAUAUAUAUAUAUAUAUAUAUUGGAUGGAAAGUGAUUCUCAGGUGUGGAAAGGUGCUUUGUGGGUGGAGGUGCAGAGCGUUGACUGUGACGUGUUGACAGCCGGAGGAAUUUUGCUUCGGAGGCUGCUGCACGCACAGGUGGUGUUCAGGAUCGCGGUGCCAAUAAAUCUGUAUGUUAUAAAUGCCAUAUUUACAGUUUGACUUCCUGACAACAUUCCUUAUAUGGAAAAAAAAAAAAGUCUGUUUUUUAAGAAAAAUCCCAACAUAUUGUAAAUGGUUGGAAAGUGGAUCUCUCAGGCGACUGUUACAUGAUUUUAAGAAUCUUUGAGGCUGUAUUGAGUCAACAUGAGUUUAUUUUACUUUUGAGCAUACGUUAACCUGUUUCAUGUAACACAGACAUCUUUUCCCAAUUGUUAUACUUUAAUUUUUUUUAGUGAGGCAGAAUGUGGGUGAGGUUAUGGGAAGGGAGGGUUAUGAUUUGCCAGGGGAGAAACAUGUAUUUAUUAUUUUAAUUCAUGGCCUUUACAUUUCAUUAGACAUUGUACUGCUGCCCUUUAUGGGACUGACUAUGAAGGAGGUAAAACAAGGCAAUGUAAGCUGUAUAAAUCUCUACGAUCAAGAUUUCUAUUGUUGUUUUCAGCUAAAUAGCCCUGCUGUUAGUUUCCAAGAGAUGAUGCGCUAUUCAAAGUAUUGUAAUUUUUGCCAUUAGCAGAAACAGUAGCUUAGCUUGUAGAAACAAAGACGAGACACUGCAGACAAGUCAUUCUGUAAGAAUGUGCAUCCUAGUAUUACUGUACGACUGUUACUGUGUUUGUUUUAUUACCUGUUGUACAUUGUAGGGCUUUAUAGACACGGCAGGGCUUACUGUAUGUAGAACUGAAGCACAGCUCUUCAGCCCUGCUGCAUUUGUCUUUUUAAUCCCUUGAAUAAAUAUUUCAGAAACUGUCCAUCUGUGUUAUUACAAUUAUUGUUUGACAGAUUUUAAAUUUGUUCAUGAAUUUCAAUAAAACAAACACUACAUGUGGUGAAAGUU